AUGGUCUUUCCUCUCUGUGUGAAUAGAAGAUGGCACCUAGGCUUCCUCCUCCUCCCCCCUCAGGCUGAGCCAUCUGAAUCAAACCAAAUGUUAGAGGCUAUGCUUCAGGGAUUGCAACAGCAAAAUGCUGCAUUGGACGCUGCAGGCGCGUCUUCAUCUACGGGUCCAGUCCCAGAAUGGAGCUUUGAAAGCUUUCUGCAACACCAUCCAGCCAGGUUUGAUGGGAAGUGUAACCCGGAUGAAGCUGACCACUGGUUUAGAGACAUGGAGAGAAUAUACGAAACCAAGAGGUGUCCAGAUGAGAAUAAGUUGGCUUAUACUCAGUAUUUGUUGACCGAAGAAGCAUGCCAUUGGUGGAGCAAAAUGAAGAUGAUACUGGAUGGGAGUGAGACUCAUAUUACUUGGGAGAUAUUCAAGACCAAGUUUUACACUGAAUAUUUCCCUAACAGUGUAAGAUUUGAUAAGGAAAUUGAGUUUCUCCAACUGGUUCAGGGGAGUUUGACCGUGGCUGAGUAUGCAGACAGGAUUGGAGGACCAUCUGGAUCCCGUGGUAGGUUUAGUUCUAGAAGGGUUCCUUACCCUAGACCAUCAUCCUCUUCUGGGUCUAAGGGGUCAUCCUCCCAACCCUCGGUGCAUUCAAGGCAGUCUAGCUACUUAGGAGGGUUGCAUUGCUAUAACAUUAGAGGGCCACACCUACAGUCUGUGUGUCCUCAGAUGAGGCUGUUAGCUCAAGUAACCUCAUCAUCAGUUCUUGCUUUCUAUUCGGAGUGCCUUGUGUGGUGUUGUUUGAUUCACUCCUUCAUAUCGGAGGCUUGUGUUGAAAAAUUGGGCUUAGUAGUAGAACAAUUGGAUCUUGAUCUGGUGGUAUCUACACCAGCAUCAAGGUUAGUCAGGACGUCUUCAGUGUGUGUUCGUUGUCCGAUCAUUGUAGAAGGAUGUCGGUUUAAGGUAAACCUUAUUUGUUUACCUUUGCAAGGGCUAGAGGUGAUCUUAGGAAUGGAUUGGCUAUCCGCCAAUCGCAUCCUCAUCGACUACGGUAACAUAGACUUGAUGUUUCCUAACGAAGAUGAAGAUAUGUCUUUGUCCAUCAGCGUGUUAAGACAAGACAUCAUGGAAGGCGCUAGUUGUUUCUUGGUGUUUUCACAUAUGGAAGUGACUCGAGAUUCAGAUUGA